UCCAGAUGGUUGGUUUUUAAUUACUUUAUGAAAUGGAGGCUUGUAGCAUUGAACAGCUGGGAAACGUAUAAAAACGAAAUCGAAGGGGAACGGCAGAAGAAGCAUUAGAUAUCGUUCUUUGGUCAAUGCAGAAGCAAACCUUGAUUAAUUUGCGAUUGACGUUUGGAUUACCAGCACUUUUCUACAGGAAAGUAAGCUCCAACAUAACUAUUUCAUUGCCUGUUGGUUUUUGCUUGCCGACAGAAUUUCCUAAAAGCUUUCAACGGACUCACUUGGGUAUUGUGCAAUAAGAACUUGUAAAGAUCUAGAGGGAAAAGCUUGUGCUGUGGAGCUCUUUCAAAGCGUUAAGAAUCUGUGUUCAACGGAGACCAGAUUGUGAAGUGGGUUUAACCCAGGAUGCACCACUAAUUGACACUUGCAAUGUCAAAAUCUCAACCAAACGUUUAUCGAAAAUCAAUCAACAUGGCUCUUUUGAUUAUAAUAUUUUAUCUAUACCAAAUUGGAUUAUCGCAUUCGGCGAAAAAUAAUGUUUUGAAUGAGAAAGUGAAGAAUGACCAGGAAAGUCGCUUGCAUGAGUAUUUGUUCCGUGGCUACCAAAAAGAUGUGCAUCCACUGAAAAGCAACAACAAAAGCGAUCCUGUUUCUGUUGUAUUUGAUACUCAAGUAAUCCGAAUUCUACAAGUGAAUGAACGACAACAAUAUAUCAAAGUCUAUCUCUGGGUUAAUCAGUAUUGGCUGAAUCCGAUACUUGCGUGGGAUCCUCGCCAGUUCGGUGGAAUCAUAUCAAUACACGUUGCACCUGAUUUGGUUUGGGUUCCAGAUAUUGUUCUCUAUAACAGUGUUGAUGGUAACGGGCAGUUUAGCGGUGGCUUAGAUGUCUACAAACACAAAGUUCAGAUAAACUAUGAUGGAAAACACAGCUGGUUGAAUCCUGUGGUUUUCAAGAAGAUUUGUCAGCUCGACGUAAGCUACUUUCCAUUCGAUGACCAAGAGUGCCCACUGAAAUUCGGCUCUUGGGCCCAUGAUGCAUCGAAAUUGGUUACAAAGUCUUCUGUGAAAUCCUCUACUGGCAAUUCUUUUUAUGUUCCAAAUGGGGAGUGGCAGCUACUUAACAUUAGGACACAAGAAAAUUCCAUCAAGUACCAGUGCUGUGAGAUGCCAUUCUCAGACGUGACUGUCACAAUCAGAAUUCGGCGACAGGCAAUGAACCAUGCUUUAACACUAAUUCUGCCAUGUGCUCUCCUCUCCUCAUUGAUCGUACUGGGAUUUAUACUGCCCCCUGAAUCUGGAGAACGAAUUGGUUUAAGCAUUACGGUUUUGCUCGCAGUGACUGUAUUCCAGCAACUGACAAGCCAAAUCAUGCCCCCUUAUGAUUUUCCUUAUCUGGCUCAAUACUACUUAGCAACGAUUCUACAGACAGCCAUAUCCCUAGUAGUUACAACGUUAAUUCUGAAUUUCUAUCAUCGCAGCAACAGGAGAAUGCCUAAGUGGGUCAAGAAAGUGCUUCUUGUUGGGUUGGCCCCUAUUCUUUUUUGUCAACGCUCGAAGUCAAAGACAUACACAGACAACGAGUCUGUCGACUUUGUUGUGAACGAUUCUAGUGAAAACAGCCCAGUCCCAGAAGUGCUUAUAGACGGCAGAAAAGAAACAUCCUUCCAAGGAGACGAUGGAAACAGCCUCGAAGGAUCUGACAAUGACAUUAGAGAGAACGGGACAUCAGCAAGAACAAACUUUUCGGGUAAUGUAUCCCCGCAGUACAGAACAAGGCUUAGACAGAAAUUCGUCAACCUACACAUUUGCAGAAGACUAAAGAGGGGAUCAACAACUUCUGCCAUACGGGCCUCUAUGCAUCCCGCUGUAUAUCCACUGCUUGGAAGAGAAGCAGGAAAAACGGCAAAGGCUUACGAGACGAAGAGAAGAAUGAGGUCAAUGAAAGAACGACGGGCAAAAGAUUGGUUGAAGGCAGCCCGGGUUCUAGAUCGUUUUUUCUUCCUUCUCUUCGUUGUCAUAUCAACCACAACACUAUUGGUUAUAUUUUUCAGAGCCCCUAGAUUUUCAAAUGACACAAACGGGAAAACCUGAUUUCCAAUGAUGCAAACAUUGAUUUUAUAAAAUUUGCAUAAGCAUAUUUGCAUGCAGGCUCUCGAAAAGUUUGAUGAAUGAGCAGUCAAGCUAAACACAGGUAAAAUGAGUAGCUUGCGAAAUCAAGGGACGUGUAUUUUCAAAUAUUGGGAUUCUGAAUGUGUGGUUGUUGGAGAGGUUUUGCAAUUUUUUUUUUUAAUAAUAUGUCAAUUUUCUUUAUUUGUGGAAUGUCAUGCAUGAUCUGCAGUCAUCACUGGCGUAGCCAGUACCUUUUCUAUAGGGUACACAAUUCUUCUGCAUUAAGCUUGGUUUGUACUGCUUUUCGAUAAAUGUAAAGCAAUGUUUAUUUACUUUCCGUGAGGUCUUGCCAAAUCAUUCCUAUAUUAAGUUAGUGAGUAAGCACACCCGGUUUCCUCAUUGGUGAAACAUCACUUAAAAUGACUCUGCUUUUGUGGCCGACGCUACAUUAAGACAUUAAAACUACGUUUCUUAGAACGCCUUUCAGUAAACCCAUGGUAGUGUGGGCUCCGAUUCAAUGAAACCUAUGUCAUCUUUCUGUCAGGACAUUUUUGAUAAUGACUUGAAAACUCAAACAUGAUUAACAAGAUACUGAAACAAAUGACCAGUGCAGAUGGAACCGUCUAACAGUAAUAUUUUAUCAGGCCCCACUGCACACCUUGCUACACAAAUUUGAUGCCCCCCUCUACAAAGACAGUGUUUUCUUCAGUUUUAAUGCAACUCAAUCGCCAUAAAACUGAUCAUGACUGUUCCUAGAAUUUUCAUUUUUCAUCGUAUUGUAGAUAGCAAGGUCUUCGCGAUAUGAGUAAUUUAGAUAUGAGUAAAGUGAUUUUUAAAUAAUUACUUUAGAUCUUGAACUUUUCAGAUUUCUCAGUGAUAAAUACGAGACUAGAUUCUUGAUUUUUUAUUCGUUCGUAUACUUAUUAUCUGUUAUGAAUCCAACAAAGGAUUUACUCAACGUAUGUAUGUAAAUAAAUGUAAAACACACUGAUAUCCUUCUUCCUUUAAACGUUGACUGUCUGGCUAAAACUCAUUGCUCACAGGUUAUCUACUUUCAGGUGAAGUAAUAUUUGCUGAUUCUAAUUAAUGGAAAGAUUUGAUCGAGAAAAAACGUGGUGGGAUGCUUUGUCAAUUAGAAAUCGAUUAUGAAAGAAUAAUCACAAACAGAUCGUCCGACAAUGUCUGCAUUUUGUAUGCAAUGCAGGACAAAAUCUUCUCUGUAGAAAUAGAACAAAAGUUUGCCGUUCGAUGACCAUCUGUGACUGUGGUUUUAGUAGUCGCAAAAAGCUAUUUUAGUACAUUACCAGAAGGGGAUAAAAAUAAGUUGAUGUUUUCCAGUUGAAAGACUUUGUCCGUUAUCUUUUAAGACAAAAGAAUGGAGAAUUCUCUUGCUAAAAAUCUUCAUAACCUUAAUUCUGGCUCCAUAUAUAAAAAGGAUGUUGGAUAUUAAAAAAAUCGUAUUACUUUGAGAUGUGUAACAUAACAUACGUAACAAGAUGUUGAAGCGUUUGAUGUAGAGUUCGCUGUCGAUGCCAUUAUGGAAGUACAAUUGAUAAACAAGAUUUAAAGUCAGAUGCAUUCAGCUAAAAACCUGCCGUGUUCUUGUGUCUUUCAUUUAUGCUAAUCUUUUUAUUAAAAAUUGUUUCUCUAAGAUAAUGGUCUGGACUUCAUCUUAGAGACUGAUAUCAUGAACACUUCUAAAACUAUCUAUUGUCCCAGGAAGUAUUUGAAUAUGGAAAAUUAAUAACAAAACUCGACAAAUGUGAAGUAAAUAUUGAUCUCUUACGCAAAAGUUUCUAGUGAAGUACAAAACUAGUAUGUGUUGCUUAUGUUUGGUAUUAAAAUGAGAACAAUGGGGAAGGGAAGACGAUAAAAAACUUAUUUUUUUGAAAUCUUUGUUACAACUAGUGAAGAUAGAGGACCUCUAUGUUCAGAAUUACUAGCCACUGUUUAGCAAACAGUUAAGAGAUUGAAUAAUAAGAGAACAGCCAAAUAUUGGCAAUUUUGUUUGAAGUAUAUCAAUAAUUUCCUUAUUAAUUUUCAAUCUAGCUGAAGCUGAAAGCACUUCCACAGGCAGCUUGUUCUUUUCUUUAGCGAGCAAAGAAACAAUCUCACUCUAUCCAUGCAAAUGACGGAGAAUGUCAAGUUUUGUAGAAGAUUGUC